GAAUUUUUUAUCACUUAUCUUUGUUAUCAUUUUGUCUUUCAUGCAUGCAGAUCCCCCUUCCCCCUCCCUCCCCCAGUCAAAAAGCAAGCCCAAUCUUCUUUCACCGCCCUGGUCCGCCUGCAGAAAGAUAACAAACAUCAUCAUCAUCAUCAUCAUCUUUUUGUCCAGGAUCCAGGGAACUCUGUUUCCAUGCGCUAGCGUCCGCGAACACAUCAGUUCUAUGGACUCCAGCGCGGUCGCUUGAGGGUGGCUUCAUCAUCCUUCACAUAACCACCUGGAUUAUUUUUCAUACCAAAGCUGUCAGGAUUACAUUUGCGAUGAGGCCAUCUUGAUCUUAAACCCAGAGACAGUGGCUGAGCUGAUCAUGAUACCCUUCGUCUCGUCAUCAUUCACUCUCUCUGCUUGUUCAAGAGCCGCCGUGGCGCUUAAUCAGGUUUGACCUCAGCGGACAGGCAAUUGCAUCACGUGAGGUUGAGCUUGGCGUGUUUGCAAGGUCCACCUGCUGAGAAAUCAAACCCGUGCAAACAAGGCAAACUGGGGACGGGUUUCCCUCCGCCAGCUGGCAGCUAGGUGUUUGCAUCGCCAGAGAUAUCUCGCUGGCUUCGUAUUCACGGUGAAGCACAGCUCAAGAAGCACUUGAGGAUUAGAAAUCAACAUGCAGGCUUCAUAGGGGUCGAGGAGGCCGUUUCAGCGGUCAUUAUGUCUCCCUCGAAGGUAUUUAAUCGCCGUUGAUACCCAGUAUCAACUACUACUUUCUCUCACACAUUCGCAUAUCAUCUUCAUGACCUUUUAAGAAGUACAAUCCAUAGUACUAGCAGAGGCAUUAAUUCUCUCUUAAAACCUUUCACAAGUGAGAAAAAAAGACCCAAAACAAAAAAAAAAAAAAAAAAAAAAAGGGCCAUGGCCGCGUAUACAGGGAAAAAUGUUGUCAUAAUUGGAGGUACCCAAGGCAUCGGCCUUGCAACUGCGAAACUCUUCCUGUCCCACGGUGCUAAAGUCGUCGUUACUGGCCGCCGUCGAGAACCUGUGGCUGCCGCGAAGCAGGAGCUCGGCGCUGCCGCCCUCGUUUUGCAAUCGGACAUAACCUCCCUUGACGCACAUGCGAAUCUCGAGCGGCUUGCGGAGCAACACCUGGGCUCCGGAGAAGUCAUCGACCUUCUCUUCCUCAACGUCGGCUACGCAAACCUCUCCCCCGUCAGUGAGAUGACCGAAGACCUAUUCGACAGGCACUUCAACACCAACACCCGAGGUCCCAUCUUCCUCGCGAAACGGAUGAUUCCGCACAUGCGGCCCGGCGGGGCCAUUGUUUUCACCACCAGCGUCUCCGUGGAUCAGGGCCACCCCGGUAUGGCGGUUUACUCCGCCUCGAAAGCUGCCAUCUAUUCCUUUGUGCAGACCCUCGCUGCGGAGCUGGCUAGAGGCAAGGAUGGCAAGGAGGGUAUCAGGGUGAACUGCGUCAGCCCGGGAUUCGUCGACACGCCGACACUCGGCGUCGUCGAUGCUCCUAAGGAAGCUGUUGCGGCCUUUGCGGACCUGGGACGACAGUCAACUCCCUUAGCAAGGAUCGCAAGGCCGGAGGAGGUCGCCAAGGCGGUAGCUUUCUUGGGAUUCGAUGCCACCUUUACAACUGGCACGGAAUUUCUGAUGGACGGUGGUUUGAGGCAUUUAGUUCUAGCUCAUUAGUUGAGAUCUACUCAUAGCUACUCAAAUUGCUGUCAAUAGAGAGAGAGAUAAUAAUGCGAUUUUGCCUGGCUUAUA